ACUCAUAUUAACAAAGGGGCUCAGUUUUGUACUUCGCGGGCUCCCAGUGCAUGUGGCCGCAGAGAACACGUCAGCAGAGGGGAGAUCAGCACCCUGGACAGCGACGGCUGGUCAAUAAUAAAGCAACCAGAGCUCCUUCCCUGCCCAGCAGCCUGGAGCACGGGGAGAGCUGCUACAUCUACCACUUCAAAAAAAACAAAAAAACGACUGGAAGAGGGGGACAAUAACGACGUGUUAACAGGAUGACAGCUUUGUCUUCUUCUUCUCCUUCUUCUUCUUCUUCUUCUUCUCCCUGUUCCGGAAGUAGCUGCUGCGUUGGUUCAAUUUCCAAAACCGACCAUUUCGAGGAGGAAAAAUCAGCGCCAGCAGUAUCAUCACCACCAUCUAUCUGAUCCAAUAAUCAAUUCCAUUACUGCUGUGUAAUUGCUCUCGGAUGCGAAGACAUCUCCAUGCGUCUCCCCCCGUUUUUUAUCUCCCUCUCUAAUUAGAAAAAGAAUCGCACGGUGCCUUUUCUUCCUCCUGCCUCUUCUUCUUUGACAUUUCAGCGUUGUGCCUGCCGUGUAUUUUUUUUUUUUUUUGUCUGUGUUGUUGGGCUUUGCGAUGAAAUGCUGAUGGACAUCGAGCGAAGAUGGGAAACAUGGGGCUCUCGGGUGUUUUUGUGCUGCUGCUGCUGCUGCUAGGCUCCGGAAAAUGCAAAUGAAAAAAGGAAUUGUGUGUUUUUGAUCUCGACGUGUGGAUUUGUCGUGUCGGUGAAUGGCUCGGAUUCUUCGUGGAUCGAAACGCGGGUUUACAGAAAGGAGAUGAAAUAGAAAGAGAGAGGGAGAGAGGAGGGGAGAGGGAAAAAAAUGGACCAUGAUCUGAAGCUCGGGAUGCUACAGUGAGGGGACAAAUAAGAAACAGGAGAUAUUUUUAUAAUCGGAUUUUGGAUCAAACUUCCAUUCCAUCUCCUGCACCUUUUUUUUUUGGCUGUUUUUUUUUUUUUUUGGAUUAUGAUUCUCGACAAGAGUCCCAGAUGUGACUGUGUGGAUGGCAUGUCGUUGUAUUUUACAUCCCAUCUUCUCUUUCCUGCCUCUGUGCUCCUCUCGCUUCCACUCGUCCACUCUCUCGCUGUCUUCUGCUUUGGGUAGCAAAACAUGUAGGGCUAUUUUUUUUUUUUGUCUCCCCCUCUUCUUUCUUUGCUGCAAGCUCCACAGUGCACAAUCUGAGAGAAACCAGGAGAGAGCAUGCAGCGGUGAAGAGAAAAAAAAUGGACCGUGGAAAUGAGAAAAAGAGAACAAGUUGUGGUGUUUUUCUGGGGUGCGGUGGAAGAUGCAUCUUAGACAGCGUUUGCCGAGUUGUUUGAGUAAUGAAUAUUGAAAGAGUGUGUCGGCCAGCUGAAAGGGAAAAUCUUUCAUCCGCAUUGGCUUAGGCACACAUGCCAUCAGUGGAGCGAGAGCCUUUUAUUUCUCUGGAUUUCAAAUAAAAAGGCUGGUUGGGGUGAUGAUGGAGAUGCUGCCCUGAAAACAUUGGUUGUGUGAACAAUAAUAAUAAUAAUAAUAAUAAUAAUAGAAAAACUUGUUUUAUUGAUUCCACUCUCGGAUUCUGUAUGUAGCCAAACAUGUUCAAGUAUCGGAUCCGCAUGUUUUUCAAUGAACUGAAAGUCCUGGUGUUUAUGCGAUCCGAUUCGAGACAGUCCGGCUCCGACACAGAUAGACGGUCCACCACCAACACCACCACCACCAUGCGAGGUCUGGGGAUGGGCGGCUGCGGCUGGCCCCCGUUCGUCGACUGCCAUUCCCGGGACGACGAGGAGGAGUACUACGGCAGCGACCCGCGGCCCCGGAGCCUGGCGUUUGAGGACAAGGAGCCCAAGCUGCAAGUGGGCCUGGACGCCGUGUCUCUGGCCAGCACCGCCAGCAGCCUGCGGACCCCCCAGUGCCGGAUCUGCUUCCAAGGCCCAGAGCAGGGUGAGCUGUUGAGCCCCUGCCGUUGUGACGGCUCCGUGCGCUGCACACAUCAGCCCUGCCUCAUCCGCUGGAUCAGCGAGAGAGGCUCGUGGAGCUGCGAGCUCUGCUACUUCAAGUACCAGGUCCUGGCCAUCAGCACCAAGAACCCUCUGCAGUGGCAGGCCAUCUCUCUGACGGUGAUCGAGAAGGUGCAGAUCGCCGCCAUUAUCCUGGGCUCCCUUUUCCUCAUCGCCAGCAUCUCCUGGCUCAUCUGGUCCUCCCUCAGCCCCUCGGCCAAGUGGCAGCGCCAGGACCUGCUCUUCCAGAUCUGCUACGGCAUGUACGGCUUCAUGGAUAUCGUCUGCAUAGGCCUCAUCAUCCACGAGGGAUCAUCAGUGUAUCGAAUCUUCAAACGAUGGCAGGCUGUCAAUCAGCAGUGGAAAGUACUGAACUAUGAGAAAUCAAAGGACUUGGGCGACCCGGUGAGCUCGAGCAGCAAGGCGGGCGCUCGCGGCGGCCGCGGCAACCCUCACGGCCUGGCCAGCAGCAGCGCCGGGCGACAGAGCAGGAGGCUAAGGACUAUUCUGAACCACCACUGUGGAUACACAAUCCUGCACAUCCUGAGCCAGCUGAGGCCGAACGACCCGCGGAUCAGCGCCGCCGCCAACCGGGAGGUGGUGAUGAGGGUCACCACCGUAUGAGACGGACGAGGAUGUCAGUCUCUGUGCGCAGAAAAUGUAAAUGAAAGCAACGGACUCACGGACCUGAUCUCAAAUUUAAAAAAACAAGACUUGUGUAGGCGACAGGAGUCCUGCGAGGAGCUGCCAGACAGACGGCACACACACUUGAGGAUAUCUCUCCUCUUGUUUCGUACAACAAAAGGAAAAGCCUGAUGCUCCUUUUUUCAAUAAUUUAAGAACUUGCGAGAAAAUAAGGAUGAAAAAGCAUUCAAAGACAUCAAACAGAAAAAGGCGAAUAAAACGUGUAAACAGGCUUUAUAACCUAACCCAAGAUGACGAGACGUUUUCUCCAGAUCAAUAUCAGGAUGCACAGAGACAUUUUACUUUUGAUUUGAUCCUCUUGCUUUUGGUUUGUAUCUCUCUUUUUUUUUCUGGGUUUUCUUUUUUACUGCUCACUUUGAUUUUUUGUACGGAUGUAUGAUUUUUAGAGGAAAUCAUGUAACUCCAUACAUGCCAAGCAUUUCCAGACAUCGAUGUAAAAAAUGAUCUUUAGAAAUUUCUACGAGCUGCAACGAUGCUGGUAAAAAAAAAAAAAAAAGACCGAAAACUGAAACAAA